CUUGGAGAUCCAGGCUGCUCGCGAGAAAACCAACUCCAUGUUCCAUUCUAUCUCGCGAGUCGUAUCAGAUUGCUGCGAAAAUUAGGAACAUCAACUCGACAACACGACGAUUCACCUUGACUGUCAACUCCGCAGGUGAACCCCCUAUUCAACACCUCUAGACCAUCCCCGGUAACUCCACUUUCCGUCCUUCACAGCUGCAAUACUCCUGACAUGAAGGUCGCGCACCUGUCCAUUCCCAUCCCGCAAAAUUAAAACAGUCUUUCUCAUCUACGAUAUCGCUCGAGCAGUAAUGGCGGCUGCGAUGUCCGUCCAGGACCGAACUCCUGAAUUCCAGUCAAUCCUUACACAGGCUCGGAAACGCUUAGCCUCCUCAAAGACCAGUUCCCAGCGUCAAUUUUUAUUAUCAGACGCCCAACGGAGUGAUUCAAAUGCAUCCCCUCCUAAUGGAACCCCAGCGGGGGGCAAACGAGCAGCCCGGUCAGAAUUUGCGAGGCGGGCUGCUGAGAUCGGCAGGGGGAUCUCGGGGACGAUGGUUAAAUUGCAGAGGCUAGCUAUGUUGGCCAAGCGCAAAACCCUCUUCGAUGAUCGACCUGUUGAAAUUUCAGAACUCACCUAUGUCAUCAAGCAAGAUCUUGCUUCUCUUAACUCCCAAAUCGCGUCUCUGCAAGCCCUCACUCUCGCCCAACACCCGAAAUCAUCACGGAGUAAAACAGACCAAGAAGGCGAACAUAACGAUAACGUCGUGGUAAUGCUUCAAGGCAAACUCGCCGACGUCGGCGCAAACUUCAAAGAAGUCCUCGAAGUCCGUACCCAAAACAUCCGUGCCUCCCGAUCUCGAACUGAAAACUUCGUCUCUUCCGUCUCUUCCAAGUCACAAUCCGCGCUCGACCCCCAGCGCUCCGAUUCCCCCCUUUAUAAUGCGCCACGAAGCCGAAGCCCGGCACCCCCGGGUUUCCAGCCUCCUAAUUCCUCCGACCUCCUUAGCAUCAGACCAUCUUCUUCCUCCGGAAGUCCUUUCGCCCUCGGCCGCAGCGGCGGGACCCAAUCUGACCAGCAACUGUUGAUGAUGGAAGAGGCACAAUCCCCCAACUCCUACAUCCAAGCGCGCGGCGAAGCCAUUGAAGCCAUCGAGCGCACGAUCAACGAGCUCGGUGGCAUCUUCGGUCAGUUGGCCACGAUGGUCAGCGAGCAGUCUGAAAUGAUUCAGCGCAUCGAUGCCAAUACGGAAGAUGUGGUGGAUAACGUCCAGGGGGCACAUAGGGAGUUAUUGAAGUAUUGGUCUCGGGUUUCGGGGAAUCGGUGGUUGGUUGCGAAGAUGUUUGGGGUUUUAAUGAUAUUCUUUCUCCUAUGGGUUCUAAUAUCAGGCUAGCAAGCAAGGGCCUAGGGCACCCUGUAAAUUAUUAGAUCUUUUUGCAUGUCGUGCGGCGCAGCACGGUGCGGUGCGUUCCUUUCCAUACAUAACUUUUACUUUUUGUCGAGCAUACCCGUGGGCGUCAAGGUUUCCACUUUCCAUUUUUGCUUCAAACGAGACCGGCUAGCCUUAUUCUUGUGGUAUAUUAUUUGGUUAGACAUAUAUGGCUUCGGUGGCCAUUCAUUCUUCCCAUACAGCUUCUUUUGUUUUUACACUUAACAACCCGUGGCAUAUCUCCUU